AUGGGCUGGUGUGACUUGCAGAUGCUGCUGGUGGCAGUGGAAAUCACUGAUAAUGAAAUAUUAGAGUUGGUACAUAGUGCUCUGGGGAGGAUGACAGUUAUCCGGCAAAUUUUCCCUCUCUCAAGGGACAACAAUCAGAGAUGCAUGAGGAACAACCACCGAAUAUCAUCACUGCUGUGCGAUCCACAAGAAGGCUAUCUUCAGAUGCUGCAGGUUUCCAACCUGUACCUGUAUGACAGUGUGCUCAUGCUGGCCAAUGCUUUCCACAGAAAACUGGAGGACAGGAAAUGGCACAGCAUGGCAAGUCUGAAUUGCAUGAGGAAGUCCACCAAACCUUGGAAUGGAGGACGAUCCAUGCUAGAGACUAUUAAGAAGGGCCAUAUAACUGGGCUUACUGGUGUUAUGGAGUUCAGAGAAGAUGGCGCCAACCCCUAUGUUCAAUUUGAAAUACUGGGCACUAGCUACAGCGAAACAUUUGGCAAAGAUGUGCGGAGG